AUUUCUUCUGAGUCAUGUAACAGACACACCUGUUCAUUAAAGCAGGACUGAAACUUAGAUGCUCUGAAAAUGUCACCACUUGUUGCGCAUCAUCGCUGGAUGUUGGUUUUGAAGAUAUUUAUCUUCUUUGUGGGGUUUGUGUUCCAGAACUUCUUUUGUGAUGCUACAAAUGGGAGUUGGAUCAAAGACAUUCUGUUUAUCAGACCUGAUACUCCAGAUCAGACAAACACUGCGCGUUUCCCAUCAGAGGUCAUCUUUCAAGAGGAGAAUAAAACUAAGCUGUGUUUUAACAUCCAGGCAAACAAAACAUCCGCAGACUGUUGCAGGAAUAAUUUCAACUGCAGCACAACAACAAUUUGGAACACCAGCACACUUUACAAUCUGCAUCUAUCUGAAAUGUCUCUACAAAACCAUGAUGUUGUAUUGCUGCUGAACCCGUCUUACAAUUUCUCAUGUUUGCCGUCAAUGUUCUACAUUUCAACAGGUUUUAUCCUAAAUCUUCACAGGUGCUUAAAACCAGGUGGGAAGAAUAUCAGACUGAGUAAAGAGGGUCUAUGUGGACAAAAUCUGAUCUCGGAAGAACAACAAUGUCACGGUUCAAAAAAGACUGAAUAUAUUGUUCAAAUAAAACAAUGCACAAGACGUGUAAAGUGUGACCUCCCAGGGAAGCCGGCAGAGACAACCAUGACCUUAAAUGCUUCAGACACACCUAUAAAUCCAGCGAAAGCAGCGGAUAUCAUGAAAGAUCUUUCCUCAAAACUGAGUUUGAUGGGCAAUGCAAGCACAGCAGAGAUCAAAAUGGGAAAUGUCACUGGGGUGAUUGCUAAACUGCCAAAAAAGAAUCACACAAGCAUGAGCUUUGGUUUCACAUCAGGUCGGAAUGUAAAUAUUCUUCAGAAAAAUGAUGUGGUGAUGGACUUCUCUAAAAGUGUUUACCUUCCUGAGGAAGCCAGUGAAAUGGCAGUUGAAAACAACGGAUCAUUUGCUGGAGUUUUGCUUUUUCCAGAUAUUCCUCAGAUUGACCAGAAUCAUUCCUUUUUCAAAAACGAAAUGCUGGGGGUGGAAAUGGGAGCAAGCAUAUUUAAUCUCUCACAAACCAUCGACAUUCAGUUCACUAAUGUGAACACGACUGGAUUUAAUGCCACUUGUAUAUCAUGGGGUGGAAAAACUGAUAAUGGGACUGAAGCAAACUGGACCACAGAGGGCUGUCUGACAUUAGAAGUCAAUGGCAGUAUUAAAUGCAGUUGCUCUCAUCUUACAUUUUUUGCUAUUCUCAUGUCAUCAUUGCCUGUUGGCAAAGAUGGUAAUAAUUCUACUGGAAUUAUAAGUUCAUCUGAUUUGAAAACCCUGACCAAAAUCACAAAGGCUGGCUGUGGUAUAUCCUUGUUCUUCUUGGGCGUGGCUCUCUUCAUGCAUUUUCUGGUCAGGAAAAAUAAAGCCAGUGAGGCUGUAAAGAUCCUCAUGAAUCUCUUCGUCGCCUUGUUCCUCCUGAACCUUUGCUUCUUGGUAAAUGAGUCAAUUGCUAAACUGAAGGUCUCAGCAGCUUGUGUGGCGAUGGCAGCGGCUCUGCACUACAGCAUGCUGGCCACAUUCACAUGGUUCUUCAUACAGGCCUUGCACCUGUACUUCAAUCUACACCAGAUCUCCACAGACAUCAGAUAUUACAUGUGUAAGAUUUGCAGCACAGGAUGGGUUGUUCCAGCUGUGUUCGUUGUUGGACUUCUCGCUUCGAGCAAAUAUGAUUUAAUCGAAGUUUUUGGUGACAAUGGAACCUCUGUAUCUAUGUGCUGGAUCCCUGAUUCUACAAUCCACAGUGGAGUGAACAUUGGUUACUAUAGCAUUGUGUUCAUCUUCACCUUAACAGUUUUUAUAGUAACUGUUGUGCAGAUCAAACACUUUUCGUCCAAGAAAGCAAAAAACCAAGACAACAUCUCCACCAAGAAAAGAAUUUUCUCUCUUCUGGGUCUUUUCUGCCUCUUGGGCAUCACCUGGGGAUUUGCUUUUUUCAGCUAUGGCCCUCUGCUCCUUCCCUCCUACUACAUCUUCACCAUCCUUAACUCCUUUCAAGGAUUUUUCCUGUUCGUCUACUACUACUUUUCAAGCAGGGUGCUUAUAGACAACACAAAACAAUCCAAAAGCAGCAGUGGGACCACCGAAAAUGUGAGCACGUCAUCUACCCAUGGAUAAGUUACUCAUUCCCGCAUCCUUGGUUUCUCUUACUAGUAGUGAUUUAUUGUAUAUAGAAAACUGAAAUUGUCAUUUGAAAAGUUAAAGAAAACUUGUUGAGUUAAUUGGGUUUUAAUCACAGUUCUAGAAAUAAAACUUCAAAACAUUUUCUGAUGAACUUUGAAGAGUGAACACAUAUUUCCAGGUCAAGGUGUCCCAAUAAAUUUAGACCUUAAAGACUCAGAAUAUUUCUUUGUAAAGAAUCUUAUCUUGUCUUUCAAGUGAGUUGUACAAGUUGUGAAAAGGUUGUUUAUAUGGAACCUCUGAAGACACCAAAAUAGAAAAAUUAAUUAUGCCUAAUAUUUGUUUAAGUAAUCAACAAGAGUGGUAUGGGAGACAAAUUAUGGUCUUGAAAAUGUAUUCACUGAGUUACAGAUUGUUGGAAUCUAAAUGUCAUUUUCAAUAAACUGCUUACUAUA